CUCGAACAGCAAGCUUUAACCCUCACACUGAUGGUGUGGCGCCCCUUGUUCUAGUCAGAUUCUGUGUCGAACCAUCCCUGUAUAUCAUUUUGCAGAACCAUGGCGACCGGUUCUGUGCUCGUGCAGCGUGUCAUAUACGUUGCACGCUUUCAGAAAACUCAUCAGGCUUCGAAAAGCCCCGCAACCCCGCAUUCUCAGUUGCACUGCAACAAUGCUGCCAAAAGUUGGGCGCAGAGAACGCAAAGGGCUUCAAGGAGACUAAGGUGUCGCCGAAAAGUGCAAAUGAUGGCGGUGGCAGAGGACAGAGACGCCCCACGCGGUGAGCUGACGCUGCAGGAGUACUUUGAUUCGCUGGCCAAAACGCAGACGCCAGCUUCAGUCAUCUCCGACAAGGUUGCGGCGGAGACGUUGAAGCAGGAGAGGGAAGCCAGUCGGGCGGAAGCCCCGAAAACCUCCUCCCCCACUAGGGCUGAAAGCAGGGCUGAAAGCAGCAGGCCCCAAGAGGGGGAAGCCGCGCCGAAUGUGUUGCAGGAGGGCUUCUUGCGAUUAACCCAGGCGGCAGACUGGGUGGUGGGCGUUGGGGAGCCCCCUACUACCGCCCCACUGGAAGAAGUUCAGUUUGAGUACCAGAGUCCUGAGGAACGCAAGCAGGAGGCGCAAGCGGCGUAUGAUGCGUUGAAGAAGGAACUUUUGCUGAUGACCGGGGCCAUUGCCGCGGCGGUCGACCUGUACAUAUUCUUUGCGUUCGACAUAGAGAAUACUGUGAGUUAUGCAGUCGGUGUUGCUGGGAGCUUUGCAUACUUGGCAUUGCUCAUGCGCUAUGCCGACAGCGUCGAGCGCAAGGACGUCUCGGAAGUUUUUCGGCAACGAAGGUCUAGGAGCCGGCAAACUCGAGGCGUGACGAGUCGCGGUGUAAGUGCGUUUGCGGAGAAAUUGGCGUCGGGGGUGCGGCAGCCGUGGUCGUCCGCACGGUUGCUGCCGUUCGCGGGCCUCAUCCUAGUUUUCGCGCAGUGGAACGCGCUGGCCGCGGAGCCAACGGGGUUCCACCUUAAGUUCGCGCCGUUGAUACUGGGGUCCUUUGCCUACAAAGCUGCGUGCCUGCUGAUAGCAUACCGCGACAACCAGAAGCUGCGCACCAACAUGACGUGGGAGCAAGUCGGGGACGCAGACGACAGCGAUGACGACAUUGACUUCAGUGACCUGCCCCCGUUCUAGCACGCAUCAUAAAAAGGACCAACCGAAGAAUCCUACGGCCAAUGCUUAUGUCGUGCUUUGUUUCUCCCAAUAUGGUUGGGGAAGCAAAAAAGUUGCUGCGAGUUCGUAGCAUGUCUACAUUUGGAAGUGGAGACUUCGGAACCCGGAGGUAUUUGUAUUGCUGAUCCUUAGCAUACUUUAUAAGUAAGCCGAGCAUAGGUAAAUCACGUACUGAAUUUCGUGCUCGAUCAAGUGCAAGCCUGCUAGUCCGGGUAGGUGAACCAUGAUUCCCAUGACAUGAUGGGUUUAUAUCGGCGUUGCGUCCACAACGGCUUUGAAUCAGUUCCUUUGAAUCAGUCUGCGGGGCCACAGCUUGGCAUCCCAAUAUAUACCAUCGCC